AUGGAGGAGGCACGGUGUACGGCUGUCUGGAUGGCAGAGGGGAAAAAAGAGCGUUGUUUGAAAAAGGCGGACAUCCGGGAUGCCUACCUCCACUCUUGUGAUCCUCCAAUAAUCCAUGGAAACCUGACUUGUGACACCAUAUUCAUCCAGCAUAAUGGUCUCAUAAAAAUUGGAUCUGUUGCACCUGAUACAAUUAACAACCAUGUGAAAACCUGUAGAGAGGAACAAAAGAACCUGCACUUUUUUGCCCCAGAGUAUGGAGCUGUAACAAAUGUGACUACGGCUGUUGAUAUUUAUUCAUUUGGAAUGUGUGCAUUAGAGAUGGCAGUAUUGGAGAUCCAGGGUAAUGGAGAAUCAUCUUAUGUGUCGCAAGAAGCAAUCAAUAAUGCAAUUCAGUCACUAGAAGACACUCUGCAGCGAGAAUUCAUUCAGAAAUGUUUGGAGGUUGAUCCUGUAAAGCGACCCACUGCGCGAGAGCUUCUCUUUCACCCAGCUCUAUUUGAAGUACCUUCACUAAAAUUAUUAGCAGCACAUUGUAUCGUCAGUCAUCCCCAUGUGAUUCCUGAAAAUGCUUUGGAAGAAAUAACAAAAAGCAUGGAUAUGAAUGCAGUUCUAGCAGAGAUUUUCCAUCGUGGUGCAGAGGGAGUACAGAUCAGGUAUCGUAAGCAUUAA